UUCAAUCAUAUCAACUCCUCUCUUCACUUCAUCUCUUCAUUUCAGUAAAGCAGAGCAUCUCCAUUCCAGUACUCCUAGAAGAAGCUCUCACUGGCCUGACCUCCUCACGCACAAUUUCACCGCUCCGAGCUUAGCCAACCACGCCAACGUGUCACGAUGGCACAUGAAUCACAAGAGGCAGAUGGGAAAAAGUGGCCUCCAUAUGUAGAACAUAUUUUUGUUGAGAUCAUGUUGGAGGAACAACGUAAUGGUAACAUGCCAAGCGGUGUGUUUAAGGGUCCUACAUGGGCAUCAAUUACAGCUGAACUUAACUAAAGGACCGGGAAAGACUUUAUCUUUAAGCAAGUUCAACAGAAGCACAAUAGGCUCCGACUCAAACAACGCAAAUGGAGCCAAUUGCUAAGACACACGGGGUUGGGGUGGGACGAGCAGACCCAAACAGUGACUUGUUCUGACGUGGUGUGGCAAAAUGUGAUUGCGGCCAAUCGUGGUGCAACUAACUUAAGGAAACAGGGGAUGCCCAGACUACCCAUCACUGCAGCAGUUGUUCGCCACUAGUACUGCGAUUGGGAACCUCCAGAUCUCUUCCCCUGAAUAGUGACGAGGAGCGUGUCCUAGAAGAAGAGAUUGCCAAUGCCAAUGCCGAUGCCGAUGCCGAUGCCGAUGCAAGUGCACCCACUCAACUGGACGAUGACUGUUACACCCCUAACUUUGAUAGUUUCCCACAAACUGUGGAGGAUGCUGAGGUUGAGGAGGUAACCUAGAGGGCGUAAAAACGUCAUGUGCAAGACGCAAGUGGCAAGGGUAAGAAGGCCUCGAAGAAGUCGGAUAGGGUGACUUAUGGCAUCCGGAAAUGACUGGUGGCGGGUGAUCUAAGAGUAUGACUUAGAUGAUGCAUACUUCAACAAUGUUGGUUCCAGCAAUGACUCUGAAUUUGAUGAUGAUGAUGAUUGGACCGAUUCGGAUUCCGAACGUGAAGAAGAGGCAGAGUUUAAUUUAGUGAAUCCUAUAGUUGGGGAGAUGUAUGCGUAUAUGCAGCGGCAUUAUGAUAAACAACCAAUGCGUGCUAGUGCGUUGACCGGUAAGGCGUAUAUGGACAAGGCCACUGAAGGUAAUGCUAUGAACUGUUAUGAGAUGUUCCGCAUGACACCUGAAUUACUAUUACAUUUAGUGGAUGAGUUGGCUCAACAUGGUUACUUGAGGGACGGACGUGGUGAGGUGAAUGUCACUCAGGCCGUGGCCAUGUUAUUGUACGUACUUGGACACAACACCCGCUUUAGAUGUGUUGCCGACAGGUUUCAGCACUCAACAGAAACCAUGUGCCGGCAUUUUCGUAAGGCGUUGCGAACUGUCCACCAUUACGCGAAGCAUUUAAUUAAACCUGAUCAGAAUGUCACAGGCCUCCCUAAACAUCUUCAAGUGAACAAGUACUGGCCAUGGUUUGAGAGAUGUAUAGGAGCAAUUGAUGGAACACACGUGAGUGCCCGACCUCCUAAAAAUGAGACUCAAGCACACAGGGACCGUAAGAGCCAUAUAACAACUAAUGUGCUGUGUGUGUGUGUAACAUGGACAUGCAGUUCACAUUUAUCCAUGGUGGGUGGGAGGGCAGUGCGAAUGACUCAAGGGUUUUUGAGGAAGCGAUCAGUGAUCGGAAGCAUGGAUUCCCAUGGCCACCAACAAGGUCGUACUACUUAGUGGAUUCGGGUCUACCAAUUGGCACUAGUUUUCUCCCCCCUCACAAAUCAACUAGGUACCAUGUGCAAGAGUUCAACUCAAGUGGUAGACGGAUAACAUCAAAGAAAGAGUUGUACAACUACAGGCAUUCAUCCUUACGGAUGGUUAUUGAGCGGUCCUUUGGAGUGCUGAAGGCCCGUUUUCCCAUUCUAAAUUUAAUGCCAAACUUCAAGCCAAUUAGGCAGCGGUACGUGGUUAUUGUGUGUUGUGCUUUACACAAUUUCAUACGCAUGAACAAUCGGAGUGAUGAAUUGUUCAGAACAAUAGGAGAGAGUGAUGGCGAAGGUAGUGCGACCAAUGGCGAAGGCGGUGGAGAUGUUAGAGCAUCAACAAGCUCAGCAACCCAAAGGCAUGUACUAGAAAUGUCAACUGCAUCAAAGAGAGCGAUGGGCCAAGUUAGGGACAAUAUCACUGACACAAUGUGGAAUGAUUAUGUUGCUCGUGGCAAUGUGAGAUGAUUAUAUAUUGAAAAUGGAAAUUGACCAUUUCCUUCGCUGCACUAUUUUAGGUUUGUGUAAUUUGGAAUAUUAUGUACUUUUAGUUUAUAAGUAUUUUGGGUCUAUGUAAUUUGGAAUGCUUUAUUAUUGUUAAGGGUGAUGUCCUUGGUUCUUCUUAAGGGUGAUGCAUUUUUUGUGA